AUGGACUCAAAGGCGGGCGGCGGCGGUGGCGAGGAAGAUGACUGCGUGGACUCAGGCGCUGAGACCGGAGGGUCUGACUACAGCCACAUAUCCUCUGCCAGCAGUGAUCUGUCCGUGGAAGAGGCACAGGACCCUUUCCUGGUUAGUAUCCACAUAAUUGCAGACCCAGGAGAAUCCCAACACCUGCAGGAAGCCAUCGACAAGGUCUUGGCUUGGAUCCACCCCGACCUCCAGCUGUUCCGAGUCUCGGAGAGGAGGGCACCACGGCGGCGGAAGAAGCCGCCCAAGGUAGCUCAGCCGGCCCUGGCGGUAGUCCUGUUCCUGCAGGAGGAGUACGGAGAGGAGCAGAUCCUACAGUUGCACAGCACGCUGCAGCGGCCGCCAUGGCACUUCCACCACACAGAGCGUGUGCACGGCAGGUUCUUGCCCUACCUGCCGUGCAGCCAGGACUUUUUCACACUGGCUCCCGGGACCCCGCUGUGGGCUAUCCGGCCUGUGCACUAUGGCAAGGAAAUUGUCCGCUUCACCAUCUACUGUCGCCACGAGAACUACGCAGACAUCCUGAAGUUCUACGAGCUCAUUCUCAAGCGGAGCCCCAUCCAGAGGAAGACGGACUUCUGCAUCUUCCCCAUCUUCUCCAACCUGGAUGUGGACGUCCAGUUCUCCCUAAAAAGACUGCCCCGCGACCAGACCCCAGUCCCCACCGACUCCUCAGUGCUGGAGUUCCGGGUCAAGGACAUAGGUGAGCUGGUUCCUCUCCUGCCGAACCCCUGCAGCCCCAUCAGUGAAGGCCGCUGGCAAACGGAGGAUCACGACGGGAACAAGAUCCUUCUGCAGGCACAAAAGGUGUACAAGAAGUUUUCGAAGCCCAGCAGAGCUCACCACUCCUCAGAGAAAAGAGCUCCUUCCAUUCCCUCUCCAAGCGGCACUGCACAAGGUCGCACCCUGGGCCACAGCCAGCAGCCCCUGCUGGACAGUCCAUACCCGGUGCUCAGUCAGACAGGCCUGUCUAACGGGGAUCAGCCAGAAUUUGCCAGACGAGCCAGCAGCCCUCCCAGCCAUCCUUGGUCUUUCCAGAGAAGCAAGUCCUUGUUUUGUUUGCCCACAGAAGGUCCCUUUCCAACCUCCUUGGCAGAACCACAGUGGCUAUCAAACAAAGGUCCCCCACGGCAUAGGGCGGCAGAGUGGAGACAUGGCCAGCUUCUCUCCAUUGACGACUUAGCGGGGGCCCAGGAGACUGAUGUGGACACGGGCCUGAGGCUGUCCUCCUCAGACCUCUCCGUGGUUUCUGCGUACUCUGCACCUAGUAGGUUUUGCAGCGCUGUGGAGACAUGCCUCCCAUCUGAAACAUGCAGCAGCCGCUGGCCCAAGCACAAGGAUUCCAGAGAAGGACCGCUGCCUGCUGUGAGCACGGAGGCCCCCGAGGCCUCUGAACCUUCCCUUUCUUUCUUCACCAAAGGGUCUUCUAGCUCCUUAGUGACAUCUGUUGCUGCUUCCUCGGCUUCUGGCGCCUCUUCACUCACAGAAUCAUGCCAGGAGCCCCCUUGUGACAUUUCCAUAGUCAAGCCAACUGACAGAGACAUCCCACCACCACCAGCAUUGGCUGGCCCCAGGGAUGGUGAAAUGGAGGAAUUCUACAUCUGA